AUGAGCCAGGGAUCGCAGAAGGGUGGUAAUUGCUCUUCAGGGGACGUGACAAGCGAGGGGGGAGGGACGCAAGGGGUCGUUGGCGGGCCGUGUUCGAGCAAUAAUUCGGCAAGGGCAAGCAGAGGGAAGCUGAGGCAGUGCAUCCCGGUGCUGUCGGUGGUUAAGCUGCUGCUGUCGUCGAGCAACGACAUGCUCUCCAUCGGCAUGGUCAACGAGAAAGACGUGGUUUUGUGCACGCUGCUCGCACCCACCAUAUGCCAGAUGGUGAUGUCAGCGUUUGCGGUGGAGGCAGCCAUGGCUGUUGAACGCGCCCUGGCCCUUAACUCCGAUCGCCCACAGCUGCCAGCGUCAACCAGCAUCCACGUGGACGUGGUGGAUCAAGAGGAGCUGCUGGCCUCGGUGCGCACCAAGAUCAAGUCCAUCCGCCCCUUCUGGGCGGCAGCAUCUGCCCGCGUGUUCCCCUUCUCUGCACCCACCUCCCCCCGUGGAGAAACGGUGGUGGGAGGUGAAGCAGGGGAGGAGGCAGGGAUAUCACAAGGCUCAGCCGGUGGGGUCAAUGCUGCAACUUUGAUGAAUGACGUGUCAAUGCAGGAUGCUGACAUCGUCGCCAGCAGCAUCAACGCUGACGUGGCACCUCCUGUGGAGAUCACUGAUUUUAUCCCGCUGAAGGUUCUCGGAAAGGGCAGCUUCGCCAAGGUGCUGCUGGUGCGCCAUGCCCCCAGCGGGCAGGUGUUUGCAAUGAAGGUGCUGGACAAGGCGGCAGUGAUGCGGCGGCAGCAGCUGCAGCACACUCUCACUGAGCGACACGUGCUGCAGGAGGUGCGGCACCCGUUCCUCGUCCCUCUAAGAUGGGCUCUCCAAUCAGAAACUCGCCUGUUUCUCAUCCUCGACUUCAUGCCGGGCGGGGAGCUCUUCUUUCACCUCAAGCGCGAGCGGCGAUUCAAGGACGACCGCGCGCGCCUCUACGCCGCGGAGCUGCUGCUGGCUCUCGGGCACCUGCACUCGCUGGGCGUCAUUUAUCGCGACCUGAAGCCGGAGAACAUUCUCCUAGACGCUCAAGGUCACGUGCGCAUCGCGGACUUCGGAUUGGCCAAAGAGCACAUCGCCGACAACUCAUCGGCUUCCACAUUUUGCGGCACACCCGAGUAUCUAGCUCCGGAGGUACUGAGAGGCAAGGGGCAUGGUAGGGCUGUGGAUUGGUGGAGCCUCGGGAUUCUCCUCUUUGAAAUGGUGGUCGGUGUGCCGCCCUUCUACGAUCGCAAUGUGAACAUAAUGUACAACAAGAUAGUGAACGCGCCUCUCGUCUUCCCCGUUACCGUCACCAAUUUUUAUCUCCGCGAUCUCAUUUCCAAGCUGCUGAUUCGGGAGCCGAGCCAGAGGCUCGGAGCGGGCCCGACUGACGCUGCGGAGAUCAUGAGGCACGAGUUCUUUCGAGGCAUGGACUGGGACAGGCUGUAUGCCAGGGAGGUGCCUCCCCCGUUUGUACCCAGCAGCAAGGGCAUAGAGGACGUGUCAAACUUCGAUAAGAGCUUCACCGGCCUUCACAUCAGCGAUCCCUUGGAGCCACCCUCGUCUGCUGCGCCCGCUGAUAGCCACCAUGCAACAUCUGCCAAUGUGUACGCUUGCAGGUGCAAUGAAGCCCACCAACGCCUUUUGAGACGUCUCAAAAGUCUUUUCCUCUCCCUGCAUCCGUCUCUCUCCCGUUUGAUUUGCAACAUCUGCCAAUGUGUACGCUUGCAGGUGCAAUGA